UAUUGUUAUGUAUUUAAGGAAAUACUUAUGAAGUGUAAUUGUUACUUUAGAAAUUCAAUAAUUUAAAAUUAAAUAUUUAUGAAUAUUUUUAUUCUAUGAAUAUAAUGAUAAUUAAGAAAAACUAUUUAGUAUAAUAGAGAAAAAAAAUUUAUUUUUUAUUUAUUUUGUUUAUAAUUAUAUAUUAUAUUUAUGUUAGAAAAUAUGUGUUCAUAAAAAUUGUGUACUAUAUAACGUGAUUGUGCUGUAUAAACUUCAUUACUUAUAAUUACAAAUAAGUUGUGUUUAUAAUUUAAAAAUUAUUAACAUAUAAUGGCCACGUCAGAUAGUCUUAAAAAUCAUGUUAAAGUAGCUGAAGAAAAUAUUGUUUAUGAUGAUGGUAUAAAAGAAUCUCUUGAGCCUAGAUUUGAAUGUCCUAUUUGCUUAACUUGGCUACGUGAUCCAGUUUUAACAUCUUGUGGUCAUAAGUUUUGUUCGCAAUGUAUAUACACUUGGCUUCAAAAAGAAGGUGCUUGUUGUCCAGUUGAUAGCAAACCUUUAAAAUCUGAAAGUGAUUUAUUUAGAGAUUUGUAUACAAGCAGAGAGAUAUCACAACAACGUACACCUUGUCCUUACCAACAAUUUGGCUGUGAGAUUAAAGUAUCCCCAGUAGAUAUGGAAACACAUAUAAAUGAAUGUACAUAUAAAAGAACUCUUCCAGAUUCACAAAAUGUAUAUUGUCCCUUUAAGAAAGUUGGUUGCAUGGAAACUUUUCCCACUGAAAAAGAUUUGCAUACACAUUUAGAAAAAAAUAUAAAUAUUCAUUUAACUAUGAUUCUGAAAAUAUUACCACAAAUAUCUGUUUCACAAAAUAAUAUUAAUGCAAUAGCUGCAGAAUCUAAAUUAUGGGAUCCUCCUCCAAAAAGUACAUCUUGUAUGGAAAAAAGUGAACCAUCGUUAGAAUGGCAACAAUUAUUAAAAAAUCUAUAUGAAAGAAUAGUGGUAUUGGAACAACAAAAUAGAGAAUUAUCUAUAACAGUUUCUAAUCAAAAAACUCAACUUACAACUUUACAAACUUCUUUAAGAUUUAAUCAGGAAGAAAUGUUUUUACGUAGUUGUAAUGGUGUUUAUAUUUGGAGAUUACAUUCUUUUCAUGAAAAACUUGAAAGUAUGAUGAAUGAUUCAUUAAAAAUGUUUUAUAGUCCUGGCUUUUAUACAAGUCCUAAUGGUUACAAAAUUUGUGCUAGAAUUAAUGUAUCUUCUAAAGAUCCUGAAUUUCUAUCAUUACUUCUACAUAUAAUGAAAUCAGAAAAUGAUGAUGGUCUUGAUUGGCCAUUUAAUGGGACAAUGUAUUUUGUUUUGGUUCAUCCUCUUAAUAGUGAAAGAGAUAUACGCGAAAUAACAUCAUCAAGACCUGAUCUUGAAGCUUUUAGAAAACCAAUAUGUGAAUUGAAUAAGCGUAGUUUUGGUUAUACAGAAUUCGUACGAAUACGAGAUUUACUUGAUUUCUUGCAAAAUGACUGUUUAACUUUUAGGAUAGAAGUUUGUGUUUAUGAUAAAUUUAGAGCAUCAAACAUCAUAAGUUUAGAGGAUAUAUUUUGAAAAUUAAUUGUUAUGUUUAACAAAUUUCUAUGAUUUGAUUACCCAAUUUUUAUGUUAAUCAAUUAUUUUUACGAAUUUAAAUUCUUUUAUUAUUAAAAAUAUUUAGAUUUUGUAUUCUGCACUUUGUAGAACUUAUAUUCUGGACUUAUUGAACACAUAUUUUGAAUUUUUGUGACUUUUGAUUUUAAACUUUGAAUUUUAAUUGGUACCUUUUUUAUAACUUUUAUUUAUAGUUUAACUAGAUAGGAUUUUAGUUAACAAUAUAUAAAACUAAAACUAAGAUAUGUGAAAAUAUAAAAAAUUCAUCAAUUUCCAAUUGAUUGAAAAAUUCCAUAUAUAAAAUAUAUAGUAAUAAAUAUAUAAUAG